AUGGCGCAUCAGCACACGCUCGAGCAACCGUACUCGCACUCGCUGUCGCCGACCCUGAGCGGCGGCGAGCCGGAUCACGACCUCAAAGACUCGCCCGCCUCCACACCGUCGGCCGACAAGCACCUCGCGGCGCCGCAAGAUGCACCCGCCGCCGACGAGCCCAAGCCUGCUGGGCCCGACACGUCGGCGCACAUCCAGGGCAAGAAGCUCGCCAUCGUCAUGGCGGCGCAGCUCCUCGCUCUCUUCGUCGUCGCCCUCGACCAAACGAUCCUCGCGACGGCGCUUCCUCGCAUCGCGUCGACCUUUAACGCCUUCGACAAGCAGGGCUGGGUGUCGUCGGCCUUUAUCCUGACGCAGACGGCAACGAUCUUGUGGUGGGGCCAGGUCCUGCGCAUUUACCCUGCCAAGUGGUCCCUCAUCACGGCGGUCGGCAUCUUCGAGGUCGGUAGCGCCAUCUGCGGCGGCGCGCAGAACGUCAUGACCUUGAUCUGGGGGCGCGCAGUUUCCGGCGUCGGGGCAGCGGGCAUCUUCAUCUCCAUGCUGCAGAUUAUCGCUCAGGUCACCGCCCUCGAGGACCGGCCUCGUAUCUUUGGCUUGUUCGGCGCCGUCUUUGGCUUGUCCUCGGUCGUCGGUCCUCUCAUUGGCGGCGCCCUCACCGAUCACUCUACUUGGCGCUGGUGCUUCCUCAUCAACCUUCCUGUCGGCGCCGUCACCAUCGCUGGCUGCGUCUUCCUCCUCAAGUCGACCCUCCCUCUCGGCGCCGACCCCAACGACCGUACGACUCGCGGUAUCCUGCGCCAGACCGUGCGCAUCGACUGGCUUGGCGCCGUCCUGUGCCUCGGCGCCGUGACGUGUCUCGUCCUUGCGCUCCAGUGGGGCGGCAAUCAGCGUCCCUGGAACGACGGCGGCGUCAUCGCGUGCUUCGUCGUCGCCGGCGUCCUCUCGAUCGUCCUCGUCUUCUGGCAGCGCUACCUCGGCGACCGCGCAAUGGUGCCCGGCAAGAUCUUCAAGAACGUCGGCGUGUACGCCAUCUGCAUCUCGGCGUUCAUGACGCGCUGCUCGCUCCUCAUCCUCACGUACUACAUCCCGAUCUACUACCAGGCCGUCCGGAACCACGACGCGACACAGAGCGGCAUCGACAUCCUCGCCUUCUGCAUCUCGGUCGUCAUCUCGGUCGUCGUCGCCGGCCGCCUCGUCUCGGUCACGGGCCGGUACUGGUACUUCCUCGUGCUCGGGCCCAUCCCGGGCGCCAUCGGCGCGGGCCUCCUGUACACCAUCACGCCCGACACGGCCAACGCCAAGAUCAUCGGGUAUCAGAUCCUGUGCGGCGUCGGCGUCGGUACGGCCAUGCAGAACUCGAUCUUUGCGAUGCAGGCCGCGUUCAGGGACGACAUGCGGCACAUCGGUCAGGCCACGGGGAUGGCCAGCUUCAGUCAGUUCCUCGGCGGCACCGUCGCGCUCGCCAUCGGCCAGAGCGCCCUUUCGACGCAGCUCACGACCAACUUUGCCAAGUACGCGCCCGACGCACCUCUCGCCGUCAUCGAGCAGUCGCCGCUCCAGAUUCACGAGCUCGAGCCCGCCGUGAGGGCGCAGGCGAUCUUCGCGUACGUCAAGUCGCUCGACAUUGUCUUCGUCAUCUGCGUCGCCUUCUACGCGAUGGGCAUCUUUGCAGCCUUGUUCAUCGAGAACACGUCGAUCAAGAAGGUCGAGACCGAGGCCGACAAGCAGCUCGCGCGCGACAAGAAGCAGGCCAAGAAGGACGCCAAGGCGGCGAGGAAGGCGGGACGGGGCAGCAGUGCGCGCAAGGGCGACAAGGAGGGCGAGAAGGAGGAUGAGGACGAGGCGCGGCGCGAGGCCGAUGUUGAGAAGGGCGUCGCCGACGGCGAGCUCGCUCGCGCAGAGGGCGCUUAGACCCUCUUUUUCUCUCGCGCGUUCUCUCUCUUGCAUACUUAGACCCUUAGUAGGACGCUUGCCCGCUCUCUGUACUCAGCACCGAUCGGUACCCCUCU